AUGUCUCCUUCACCUUGCGUUGCACUCAUUGGGACCUGUGAUACGAAAUUGGAAGAGUUGCUUUUUCUACGUGAUAGCAUUCAGCGGAAUGAUGCCAGUGUAGUUCUUAUUGAUGUUGGCCGCAACCCCGUCGAACACGGAGCUAUCGAUACUACCCAACAGCAGCUAUUGAAUGAUUUUGGCAAUGGGGAAAAAGUCGGUGAUCUGCCACGAGGCGAGGUUAUCAAGGCCAUGGCGGGCUGUACUACAAAAGCCGUCAAGAAGCUUUACGAGGAAGGAAAAAUACAUGGCUUGAUCAACGCAGGGGGCUCAGGUGGCACAUCGCUCGCUGCAGAAGUAAUGAGAAAUGCUCUGCCUAUCGGCUUUCCGAAGCUAAUUGUUUCAACCGUAGCGAGCGGCGACACGGGCCCGAUUGUUGGAGAAACGGACAUCACGAUGAUGUACAGCGUUGUUGAUGUGGCUGGUUUAAACCAGGUCCUUCGAAACGUUCUCAGCAACGCUGGAGCUGCCAUUGCCGGAAUGUCUCGGACAUUUGCAUCAAGGAGUCGGGAUACGGCUGAGCUGCAGAAGAAGCGCGUUGGCAUUACGAUGUUCGGCGUCACCACCCCAGCUGUGGACGCGAUUCGAAGGCAUUUGGAGGCCGACUACGACAUCGAAACAUAUGUAUUCCAUGCUACAGGGCACGGCGGAAAGGCCAUGGAGCGACUUGUUCGAGAAGGGGGCCUCGAUGCAGUGCUCGAUCUUACAACGACAGAGAUAUGCGAUCACCUUACCGGUGGUGUCAUGAGCGCAGGUGAACAUCGCCUGGAAGCCGCUGCCGAGGCUGGGAUCCCAAACAUUGUAUCUGUGGGUGCUGCAGAUAUGACGAAUUUCGGCCCAAAGAGCACCGUCCCAGAACGCUACAAGGACCGCAAGCUGUACGAGCAUAACCCAGUUGUGACACUGAUGAGGACGUCAGGAGAUGAGGCUAGACAAUUCGGUGAAUUCAUUGCGACUCAGUUGAAAAAGCAUGCAAAGGAUCCACAGGCGGUGCAGAUUUGGCUUCCAAAGGGAGGAAUCAGCAUGAUUGCAACACCAGGGGGGCCAUUUGAAGACGUUGAAGCUGAUGCUGCACUCUUUGAUGCUAUCAAGAAUGGUCUCCAAGGAAGUGGAAUUGAUAUCGUGGAAGACAACCGAGCAAUCAACGAUGAAGGAUUCGCGCGUGAUAUUGCCGAAGCCUUGGUUGCAAAGAUGGGGAUUGUGCGUAAAAUCACCUGA